CCUUGUCCAAGUCGCAGAAUAAACACAGCCGUCUCUACACCAAAGCAAUGCCUCUCGAUGAGGAACUCACCAAGGAAAUUGAGGCUGGUACUGUCAACUCCUGUGACGAUGUCAUCGAUGCAAGAAAGAUCUGGUGUUUCGGUCCCGAUACCACUGGCCCCAACUUGCUCAUCGAUGUUACCAAUGGUGUGCAGUACCUUAACGAAAUCAAGGACUCUGCCUUCCAGUGGGCAACCAAGGAAGGUGUCUGUGCUGAGGAGAACAUGUGUGGUAUCCGUUUCAAUGUCCUUGAUGUCACUCUGCACAUUGAUGCUAUCCAUCAUGGCGGUGGACAAAUCAUUCCUACGUGUCAUCGUGUCUGCUAUGCUGCAUGUUUGCUUGCUACCCCUGGUCUCCAGGAGCCGGUGUAUCUCAGUACGUCCCGCUUGCCUCAUAAUUUUACAGGUCGAGCAAGAACGCCCAUGUUCACCAUCAAGGCGUACCUCCCCGUCAUGGAGUCCUUCGGCUUCAACAGUGAUCUCUGCUCACAGACAGCUGGUCAAGCCUUCCCCCAGAGUGACAUUGUGUUCGACCACUAG